CUACCGCUACGUCGUGUUCACAAUGGACCAAUGUCAGAAGAGCAAGUACUCACUUGACCAAUAGGAGAACGGUCUGUUUUGGUAAACCACGCCCACAGCGGCACUGAAGAACUUCAGAGUGUGAGAGAUGAGAUCCGCAUCUUCACAACGCUAUUUUGAAAACAAACGGCAUUAUCUGCGCGAGUGUAUCUCCAUUCACGUGGGUCAGGCGGGAGUUCAGAUCGGUAACGCUUGCUGGGAGCUGUACUGUCUGGAGCACGGAAUGCAGCCGGACGGGCGCAUGCCCACCGACCAGACCACCUCCGGCGGAGAUCAGUCCUUCAGGACUUUCUUCAACGAGACCGGCGCCGGGAAAAGUGUGCCCAGAACUGUGUUCGUGGACCUCGAACCCACCGUCGUUGAUGAGGUUCGAACUGGAACAUAUAGACAGCUGUUUCACCCAGAGCAGCUGAUAACUGGGAAAGAGGACGCUGCCAAUAAUUACGCCAGAGGCCAUUAUACCACUGGCAAGGAAAUAGUAGAUGUGGUAAUUGACCGUGUUCGCAAACUGUGUGACCAGUGCACUGGACUACAAGGAUUCCUCAUCUUCCACAGUUUUGGCGGUGGAACUGGUUCGGGUUUUGCUUCGCUGCUGAUGGAGAGGCUGUCUGUUGAUCAUGGCAAGAAAGCUAAGCUCGAGUUUGCAGUUUACCCUGCACCUCAGGUUUCCACCGCAGUGGUAGAGCCCUACAAUUCUAUUCUGACCACACACACCACCCUGGAGCACUCAGACUGUGCUUUCAUGGUGGACAACGAGGCCAUCUAUGAUAUCUGCCAAAACAACCUUGACAUAGAGCGGCCCACGUACACCAACCUCAACCGCCUCAUUGGGCAGAUUGUGUCAUCGGUCACCGCCUCCCUGCGAUUCGACGGAGCUCUCAACAUCGAUCUGACAGAGUUCCAAACCAACCUGGUGCCGUACCCUCGCAUCCACUUCCCCCUGGUCACAUACGCCCCGGUGAUCUCCGCAGAGAAGGCAUACCACGAGCAGCUGUCCAUCAUGGAAAUCACCAACUCCUGCUUUGAGCCAGUCAAUCAGAUGGUGAAGUGCGACCCUCGGCACGGGAAGUACAUGGCUUGCUGUAUGCUGUACCGUGGAGAUGUGGUUCCAAAGGACAUCAAUGCUGCCAUUAGAAGCAUAAAGGCCAAGAGGACCAUUCAGUUUGUUGACUGGUGUCCCACAGGGUUCAAGGUUGGUAUAAACUACCAGCCGCCAGCUGUGGUUCCAGGAGGCGAUCUGGCCAAAGUUCAAAGGGCAGUCUGUAUGUUGAGCAACACCACAGCCAUCGCUGAGGCCUGGGCUCGUCUAGAUCACAAGUUCGAUCUAAUGUAUGCAAAGAGAGCCUUCGUGCACUGGUACGUUGGAGAAGGUAUGGAGGAGGGCGAGUUUACAGAGGCCCGUGAAGAUUUAGCCGCUCUCGAGAAAGAUUACGAAGAGGUGGGAGUCGACGCCCCCGAAGGAGAAGGUGAAGAGGGAGAAGAAUAAAUAAAAGUUUUGAAUAUAAUAAUAAAUACUGACAUUGCACUUUUGUCUUUAGGCAUUUAUUAAUCAGCAUUAAAAAAAAUCUAGUCACCAAUAUCCACUUAUCAGACAGCUACAAUGUACAGUACUUUACAUAAGGAGUGUUACAGGUUACCACACUACAGAUAAAACCGUUCAAAAGGAUUCUGCACCAUUAAUCGUCUUCAGAAACACUAAGUUGUAGAUGGCUUCAAAGAUUUAUCAAAGCACAGCGACGGUGUGGAUAAAUGCUUUCUUCAUUAAACGUCACUCGUUUGUUCUGUU